AUGUCUACCUCUGAUUCGGAGUAUGAGGACAAGGUCCGAUUCGAACACCAGCCCGAUUCCGCUGCUAGUGCAUCGAACGGCACCGAGAGAUCAUGUGACGAUGCGGCGGCAGCGACGGAUUACUCAAAGAUACAGCCGAUGACUACAGUACCGUACGGUAGCAGCGUGGCGUUUCUACCCCCCGCGGCUUCAUCUUACUCUACAAACAACGCCUUCUUCUUUCCUCAAGUUUCCUCCUUUUCGUCUGAGGUUAAGCAGUCGAGCGCAACGAUGACGGCCCCUUCUGAACCAGGAUCAGCAUCAGACGUCGGCUGCUACCGAAGGUUUCCGCCCUCGUGCUGUUCGUCGUCGCGAAAUGCCGUUUUGCACACAGAACCGAUGUCCAGUUCAGGGCUUACUUACUCCAUGGCUCGAACCGUCGAAAUCGCUUCGUCCCAGUCUUCGACAAACUCCUUCACCUCCCCGUUGAUGGUACACACUAACCCGGCAACCAACGAUUACGGCGUUCCGGCGCUGUUUUCUUUCCCCCAAAACUCGAACGAAGCUGCCGCGGCCAGCAGGGCAGCUCCUCAUCUGCGGUACAUCGUAUCUAACGGCUCAUCGUUUCCAGUCGGAGGCGUCCUUUCCGGUUCGUCGUUGUUUCAGCCCCUAAUCCUGACCCCGGCGAUUUCUGACGUGAUUCAGUACGGCUCGUCAAGGGCGAACGUCGGCUGCCAGGCGGCGGUCAACAACCCGGCGCCGAAUAACUAUAGUUCAACGAAGGUGCUCCCAAGGCACGGCGUCGCUACCAUGCCCAGUUCGCCGGACAGCCAACAAACAACAACGACUACAGCGGCACCUACUCCUAGUUCCAACGGUGUCUUAGCUCAAAAGUGUGAUUUUCAGCCUACAGUGAUUUCGGCGCCUAAGCGUCUAUCCACCGAUCCGUCGGCCGUGUCCACCUUGCCAUCGGUGAUUUCGCUCAACUCCACUGGCUAUCACCAUGACCGUGUGCAGCCAGUUGCCAGCAAGUUCGUCCAAGUGACGGAAGCACCGAGGAGCUGCGAGGCAGACGUUCAUGCCAGCGUCAGUGCGGCAUCCAAGCAGUUCGUUGCUACUCCUGAACUCGUUCGGGGCGACAUCUUGAAAACAGCCUCGGAUUCUGCUGCCACCACCAAGUCCACACCGAAGAAGGAAAACAGUCCUGACCGCGGAGGAGCAGAAGACCUGUUGCACGCCGCUUCGUCUGCGACAUCAUUAUCUCAGGUAGGCGUCAUCGUUUAUGUUUUUUAUUUAUUUUUAUUAUUUUCAUUUAUUUCAAUUGCGAUGUUUUUAAUUGCUUUAUUCGUCCUUAUGAUGAUUAUCAGUUUUGUUUUACGCAUUCGAGGCACGAUAUUUGCAAAGGCACUUUAAAA